GUACAGAUCUCUUCUCUAACUGUACAGAGGAGUGUAAGGCCCUGGGUCACUCCGACCGCUGCUGGAUGCCAGCCUUCGUCGCUGGUGACGGUCGCCAGGGCACCGGUGGCGACUACCGUAGCAACCUGCACGUGCCAGGCAUGGACUCCGUGCCGAACACUGAGGUACCCGCCACCGCCGCGUCCGGUCACCACGACAACGACCUUACGCUGACUUCUGACCUCACGACCUCUGAUAGGUCAUUCUCUACGUUCGGAAAAGAUGGCGGCGGAUGCACCACACUGCCACGGUCAAUGCACCACCUCCACCACCACCUCCACCAGUCACAUCAGCUACAUCUCCAACACAACAGCCCAGCUACAGCUACCGCCACUACUACUACAGACACCACGCUAGAGAGGAAAGACUAUGAGUCCUUAAGGGCCCACAAAAGGAUUUGCUAGCUCGUUCCGAGUGGACCUACCAGAGACAGCGUGAAUUUGCACAAUAGAGAACUGUCCAACAAUGGCGGCAACGUUAGCGAAAGAGAGAGAGAAAGAGAGAGAGAACAACCAAACACAAACAAAUCUAUGACAACAAGACCAUGGGCUUGUUUUGAAACUUCAUUAUCUGGGACUGGCCAGCUAGAACGGAACCUUUCAUCUCCAUCGCCAAGGGAGACAGCAGGACAAAGUGCUGGAGAAAGAAAUCUAGAACUGCAAAUGUAGAACAYAAGAGCUCUAGAACUGGAACUGUAGAACUGAAGAACUCUAGAACUGGAACUGUAGAACAGAAGAACUCUAGAACU